CUUCCUUUUACUUUGAGACAUCAUGCUAUCCCGAGUUGCCACCCUUUCAAGCAGAGCCACUGGCCUCCGUGCCUCGGCUACGUGCCGUACAUACAGUGCGGCCUCCAACGAGGACAUGUGUGUAGCUAUUAAGAACAAACUCGGUCUGAAAUCCACUGACGAGUUCAUCGCCCAGGAGAACAAACACGGUGCACACAACUACCACCCCAUCCCUGCCGUGCUAGAGCGUGGAGAGGGUCCCUUCAUGUGGGAUGUAGAGGGAAAGCGUUACUUUGAUUUCCUCUCCGCCUACUCGGCUGUCAACCAGGGUCACUGCCACCCCCGUCUGGUCAAGGCCAUCACCGAGCAGGCGUCUAAGCUUACUCUGACGUCGCGAGCAUUCCACAAUGAUGUCAUGGCUGCAUAUACGUCCUACAUCACCGACUUCUUCAAGUACGAUAAGGUGCUACCCAUGAACUCCGGUGUCGAGGCUGGAGAGACCGCUGUCAAGCUAGCGCGUAAAUGGGCUUACGAAGUCAAGAAGGUGCCCGCAAACCAGGCCAAGAUCAUCUUCGCCAAGGACAACUUCUGGGGCCGUUCCAUCGCUGCGUGUUCGUCAUCUUCUGACCCCACCUGCUACACAAACUUUGGUCCUUUCACUCCAGGAUUCGUGCAGGUCAACUACAAUGAUAUCGAUGCUCUGGAGAAGGAAAUCGCCGAUCCCAACACCGCCGCCUUCUAUAUCGAGCCGAUCCAGGGCGAGGCCGGUGUAGUUGUACCUGACGCCGACUACCACCAGCGCGCCUUCGAUCUGUGCAAGAAGCACAACGUACUAUUCAUUGCCGACGAGAUCCAGACAGGUCUUGGCCGUACCGGAAAGAUGCUUUGCAUUGAACACAGUAACGUACGCCCCGAUGUUGUGGUACUAGGAAAGGCUCUCUCCGGAGGUAUGCUGCCCGUAUCUGCUGUGCUCACGGAUAACGAGGUUAUGGACUGCAUCCACCCUGGAGAACACGGUAGCACCUACGGUGGUAAUCCCUUGGCGUGUCGCGUUGCCAUGGAGGCGCUCCAAAUUCUCAAGGACGAGGAUUUGUGCGGACGCGCGGAGAAGCUCGGCGAAACAUUCCGUACUACCAUCCGCGACUUAAACCUGCCGUUCGUGCAGCUGGUCAGAGGAAAGGGCCUGUUGAAUGCGGUUGUUGUGGAUCCUGCCCACAAGGUGUCUGCUUGGGAUAUGUGCAUGCGCCUGAAGGAUGCCGGUAUCCUAGCCAAGCCCACACACGACCACAUUAUCCGAUUCGCACCUCCCUUGGUGCUGACUGACGCGCAGAUGACCGAGGCGUUGGGCACAAUCUGUGACGUGCUCAAGAACAGCCACGAGUAAAUUUAGGGGUGGGAAUCGAAAGUCUCUAACCGAAGAAGAAAAAUCUUGUAGUUUUUGUUUUCAAAACGUUAUGCGCGCACGUUGAGUGUACAUACAUCUCCUGGGAAACGUACCCGGAACGUCCGGUUCAUUCUGAUCUAUAUAGGUUGCAUGCCAUAUUAUACACGCGCCGCCGGUUAAAACUGGGCAUGAGUUUUCUAUUUUGACGAUUAUGUCAAUAUAUUCGACAUGGGUAGUAUCUCUGAUACACAUGUAUAGAAAGUAUAGCGGGUGUUGUGGAUUUCUUGUGCGUUCAGUAGGCUACGUAUCCCUUUCAAUAAACUUUCGUAAAGACUAAC